AUGGCCAAACCGCCACCUGCCGGUCCUGCUCCUCCAGCUCCUGCACCGGCUUCUGCUCCUCCAGCGCCUCCAAAUGCUGCCCGUACGGGUCCACCGCCUCCCAGCCAUCCUCCGGCGGUCAACGGCACCCAUCACCAUCACCACCAGCAUCCACCUUCAUCAAAUAACAAAGGGAAGAAGAAAAAUGAUGCCCCAGUGGAUCCUGCCGUCAUGUAUGAGAGCUUGAAGAACAGAAUAGCUGCUUUGGAGGAGGAGGAAGUAUUGGAAGAGGAAGAAGAACGAAGAUUUGCCGAAGAAGCCCAGAAAUCGGUGAAAGGACUAGAGGAAAAUGUCAUUCAUGCAAAAUACAUUGAACUGUUUGCAGAGCUUAAACGGCUGGAACGAGAUCAUGCCAAGGAGAAACAGAAACUCACCAAGGACAAGGAUGCCGCGAAGAGUCAGCUAACCAAGGCUAACCAGACCAAGACGAAGAUGGAAAAUUUAGCCAGGGAGCUGCAGAAGGAUAACAAACGACUACGGGAAGAUGGAAAACGGUUGGCACAGUCUGUGGAGGACGCUCAGGAUGAGCUGCUCCAGAUGCGGAAUGACGUUUCAAAACGCGCCGACAAGGCAAAAAUACAGGACGUUAAAUACCGAGAAAUGCCCGAUAUCGUCGUCAAAGUAGUAUGUCGGUAUCGUGCCGAGCUAUUCUUUAAGAUAUCUCGCAAAACGAAGUUAACGAAGCUGUUCAACGCGUGGACCGACCGUAUGGAGAAAAACGGAGGGAAGAAAGAUGGCAAGGCUAGUACAUUCUCGUCGGGUUCAUCGACAUCUGGUUCGAUGAUGCAGUUCAUUUUCACACACAACGGACGGACUGUCGAGGCUGACCAAACACCGGAGGAGGCAGGAAUGGAAGAUGGAGAUGAGAUUCUCGCUGUGGAGUUGAUGGACUUGACGGAGGGCAUUUCGGAUGACUUGGACGAAAUCGUGGAACCACAACGACAAAAACUGAAGAAGAACUGGACAGAUGACCCACAGGAAGCUAAACGGACGUUGGAAGAAAUAUUUGAUGGAGUUGUACGAGAACGACUAAAGGAAGUACUCCGACAAUACGAGCUACGGGAACGGCAUUUCGAGUGUGUUAUACGGUCAAAAGAGCUGGAGGUGCUUCUUUCACGAGCACGAGCCGCGGAGCAAAAGCAGCUAGCAGAAGGGGAAAAAGGUCGCAGGGAUAAACUGGACGAGGAGUUCUUCUUCACCCGUACACAGAUGCAUCAGCUCCGAAAGGAUUUGGAGGAAGCACAGAAUGGUCAGGCAAUGCUCAUCGACAAGCUAAUACAGUGCUGCAAAGAGAUCCGGAACGAAAAGCCCAACGCUGAACGAACACAGCGACUAUUCGCCUCCCUACGAGAAGAGCUUGAGAAGAGAGUCCCGCGAACGGUACCUAACGCGACGCAGAAGAAGUUGCCAGAUGAACAUGUGCCUAGUUGACACAACUAAGAUACAUUAUGACUGCAAAUGCAAAGUAUAAGGUCC